CGCGAAACCAUUCGAAUACGCAAUGAUGGUAUGAUCGACAAUUAUCUACUCAUUGCGCUAUCACAUUGUAGCAACACGAUGAUUACAGAGUAUUAGAACCAGUUGUGCUGGAAUGGCUUUGUAAGCAUCUCAGCGAGACCUUUCGCAUGGUUAAACAUUAGAAAUAAAAGCCCGAUCAUGUUGACCACAUCUGUCAUCUCGCCUCGCCUAUGCCCGGCAAAGGCUUUGACGUGAGGGCUGACUAUGUCGAGCCUGCUAUACGCGGAACCACCGCCGUACUUGAAGCAACAGAGUCCCUUAAGACAAUCAAGAAGGUUAUAUCAAUGGCCUCCGUGUUGUCGCUGAUGCCACUUGGCUCCCUCGCUGCACCAGACCUCUCGGUGACAGACAAUACGGGGGAGGCUAUUCCCGUUAGUCUCGAUGAGCCGUUUCCGAAAGAUCUCCUCGGUCAUGGUCUCAAGUAUCAGGCAUCGAAGAUAUUAGCACAUCAAGUCUACAGAGAUUGGACUCAGCAAUAUAAACCUGAUUUUUCGACGAUCCCGAUACACUCAACAUUUGUGCUUGGUCCAAGCCUUAUACAAGAGGCAGCAGAGGAAAUAAGCGGUAUAAACGCCAUGUUCUGGACGUCUCUGACUUCGGUGCAGCCUCUGUUCCCACCUGCCUGCGUGAACGUGCGCGACGUGGCAAGCGCCAUCGACCUAGUCUUGAAAACCGAUGUGCAAUCAGGUACAGAGAUGAUUCUCUCAGGACCGAUUUUCACUUGGCAUGAUGUGAUGGAUUUUGUGAAGAUUCUUUACCCUAAUUUUGAUAUCAAAUUAACCUCACCCUCAAACCAAAAGCUAUUUGCAGAUGAAAAGCGCGCGGAGCAGGAACUGGCUAUCAAGUGGCGAUCGAUGGAAGAGCUCAUUAACUCUGUUAUGGAUCAAUAACUGACUUCUCGAGGACAACUCUUAACAUAGCUAUAUAUAUCUGCUGGAAUCGAUCGGGAGGAUUAUGGACUUAUAAUCCUCGAAUGCAGCCAAUCUUUACUCAAGUUUCGUUAGGUCGAAGUCGUGAUGAAAGAAAAGGAAAAGGCAAAGGAAAGAGAGAUAACCUUCAUUAUUAUAAUCAAGUCUUAUUGUCAUUUAUAAAUCAAAUUAACAUGUAAAGAAUUAUCCUAUGAAUUAAGAG